CUAUAAUAGGCGAAAAUUCGGAAAGUCAUUCAUUCGCAUUGAAGAUCUCCAGGUCAAAGGUUUGCUCGGUUCUUGCUGUGUGCUUUUCGCAAUGCCAAAACAUUGUUUCAACAAACGUAACAAGUAUAGCCACGAGGAUAUGAGUCGCGACUUCAACGAGCUCGAAGAACAGCUUCGCAGGGAUCAAGUACUCUGGGCCAACCAAGAAAUGGAGCAGCCACCGGUGGUGCAGGCAGAGCCGCAAGCAGGGCCGCAAGCAGAGCCUCAAGCAGAGGAACCAAAGCCGCAAGCAGAGGUGCCUGCAAAGGAACCAAAGCCGCAAGCAGAGGUGCCUGCAGAGGAACCAAAGCCGCAAGCAGAGGUGCCUGCAGAGGAACCAAAGCCGCAGGCAGAGCUGCAUGCAGAGGAACCAAAGCAGCAAGCAGAGCUGCAAGCAGAGGUGCCUGAAGAGGAACCAAAGCCGCAGUCAGAGCAGCAAGCAGAGCAGCAUGCAGAGGAACCAAAGCAGCAAGCAGAGCUGCAAGCAGAGCUGCAAGCAGAGCUGCAUGCUGAGGAGCCAGCAGAGCCGCAAGCUAAGCGCGCAAAUCCGAGCGCCAAGUCGCCAGCAAAGCCUAAGGUAAUUCGUCCGCAAAGACACCAACCGAAUGUUCGCUACCAUUACGGCAGCGGGGAGCCGAGCACCAAUUGGCUCUGCAGCGAUGAUAUUCCCAUUGUGACACGCCGCGCACUGGAGGACAAUGGCUCGGAGCAGCUAAUGGCCCGCUAUCAGAUGGACGAUGUGGGCUCCGAGUUCAGCCACACCGUCUGGAAGGUGGUGAAGCCGGGCCAGCGCCGCGACAAGAAGUACGACAAGAAUGGUGUCAAAAUUGGGUACAUUCAAGAGCUGCCCUUGGAAAAAGGCGACGAAAAGGGAAUGGGAAAAGGAAUAGAAAAAGAAAAGGCAAACGGAAAAGAGAAUGCGCCGCCAGCUGUGGGCAAGUCGUCGGAGCCGGCCGAGCUCGUGCUGCCGUUCGGCUGCCCCGAGCAGGAAUGCAAAAUGAAAUUCGCCAAUCGCGCCGAGCUGAGCGCCCAUCAGCGCCUCAGCGGACACCACCACUGGCAGUAUCAGUGCGAGAAGUGCAAGAAGUUCUUUCGCCAAAUAAAUUACUUGAACCGCCACAAGGUCGCCUGUCUCAAGGAGGGGAAAGACGAAGCUAAGCCCGAGUAAUGCCUCUGGCAGCGAGAGAGAGAGAGAGAGAGAGAGAGAGAGAGAGGGACGCCCCACCUGAGCCACUGAGACGCUGUGAUUUCUAGUGUCUUACACAUACAUUUUGGAACUUAUUCAAUUGCAAAUUGAAACAAAUCUUUACA